AAUUCUCGAUGCUUUCAGCUGCCAUAUACGAUGUCCGUGGACAUCAGCAAUCCUUCGGUGCUGAGCAGUUCCCUGAACAUUUCCCAAGUUGGCGAGAUACCCGUCGGUGAUGUGCAAACGUGGGCCUUGUCGUUGCAUUGCGGGCCCUACAACGUAGAGGUUGACUUCAGUCUCCGAAUAAAUGUCUCGCUACCGAGGAAGAACACCACCACUUUGGAGUUCAAGCGAAAAAAAAUUUGUAUGAAGAAAGAGAGUUACACCGAGCCCGAGGAGGUCCUCGUUGCUGCCUCUAACUCCACUUCUGGCGGUCAGCUUUUCUACGUGGGGAUUGGCUGUGCGGGUGCAUUCUUGGCGAUUAUCAUCGUCUUGAUUAUCGCCUACUAUGUGCGCGAUAAGAAGACCAGGAGACAUCGAGAUCCUCUACAGGAAUCCAGGGGACUCAGUUCAGCGUGCAGCAUGGAAAGAGGCACCGGAGUGGGGCCUGCACAAACUUUUUUAUCACCGGAAACACCUCCACCUACCUCCGCUGCGUCGGGAUCGUCUUAUAGAAGACUGGAUGAUCGUCCUAACAGAGAACUUCACGAACGAAUCCAGGAAAUCACUGUGCAAAGAUGCAGGGUGCGCCUUCUUAGUAUUGAAUUGGAGGGAACAUUUGGGCGCGUGUAUAGAGGCAGUUACCACGAAGAAGGCGCUUCAUCCUCGAAGGACGUAUUGGUGAAAACUGCUGCCGAGCACGCAUCCCAAUCGCAAGUGGCUCUUUUAUUGCGAGAAGGUUUUGCCCUGUACGGACUAAGUCAUCCAGCGUUACUUCCGGUUCUCGGUGUUUCUAUUGAAGACCGAGGCGCUCCUUUUCUGUUGUACCCACACACGGGUUACAGAAAUAUGAAGAGAUUUUUAUUAAGGUGCAAGUAUAGUAAUGAAGGACCUCCGAGGGCUCUUACCACGCAAGAAGUGGUGGAAAUGGCACUCCAAGCUGCCAAAGGUGUACAAUAUCUUCACAGAAAAAGGCUCGUUCAUAGAGACUUGGCUGCCAGAAAUUGCGUGGUGGACGAUGACUUAAGAGUACAGAUUACGGAUAACGCCUUGGCUAGAGAUCUGUUCCCACAGGAUUAUCACUGCCUUGGCGAUAACGAAAAUCGCCCUAUCAAGUGGCUAGCGAUAGAAAGUUUACUCAAUAAGACCUUCACUACAGCUUCUGAUGUGUGGGCAUUUGGUGUUUUAUUGUGGGAGCUAACGACGUUGGCACAACAGCCUUAUGGAGAAGUGGAUCCAUUUGAGAUGGCAUCCUAUCUCCGAGAGGGAUACAGGUUGGCGCAACCGAUAAACUGUCCGGACGAGCUGUUCGCAGUGAUGGCGUAUUGUUGGGCGAUGUCAGCGGAGGAGAGGCCAACGUUUAGUCAAUUGAUUGUUUGUCUACAAGAUUUUCACACUCAAUUAACGCGAUAUGUUUAA